UAAUUAGCCCCAAAAUUGGGAACAUAGGUAAGUGUGAGGAAAAUCCUAAGCUGUAUUGCUGUUCUCUGAUCUAUGUAGAAGUCAAAAGUAUUCAAUUUUAUGGGCAAACCCUCUCCUAUCAACACAAUCAGGCUACUAAAUCUCGCGAGAACAACGAAAGCCCCAAAACCCACGUCCCAAUUUCAGAAAGAGAAGUCAAAGAACAUGGAGAACAGCAGCCGCGCGGACAGAGAUGAGAGAAGUAGCAGCAACGGCAGCGUCAGCGUCAGCAACGAUACGCGCGUGCCGCUGUCGGAGGUUGUGUCGGAUUGCGUAAAGCGGUGGUUCAAAGACACGCUUAAAGAAGCCAGAGCAGGAGAUAUCAGCAUGCAGGUCUUGGUGGGUCAGAUGUAUUACAGUGGUUAUGGCGUUCCCACAGACGCCCAAAAGGGAAGAAUUUGGAUGACAAGAGCGUCAAGGACUCGAUCCUCAGUCUGGAAAGUCAGUGAUAAACGUCCAGGUUAUAAUGCAAGUGACUCAGAUUCAGAUGAGUUGAAGGGUGACUCUUAGCGAGAUAAUAUUAAUGUUCAUGUGCUGAAAGUUCUAAAUGGGCCCUAUUUGGUGCUGUUUUUCCUCCACCACUUCCAAGUUUGAAUGUCCAUGGAACAAUUUUCAUUCCUUUUGCUUUGAAUGUCCUGUAUCUCUCUUUUUUCCCCUCAUACCAGCUCCUCCUUUGUAAUCUCACUGUUUACUGUUGUUUUACUGAAAUCUUUUUGUUGUUAAUAAAUACAAAACGAUUUCCAUUUUUCAAUUGAUCUUGGUGGCUGGAGUGUUCAUGAAAA